CCUGGCCAAUGGAAGCCGAGGUGGGUGGGCCAUUGCGCUGCGAGGCCCCAGGUCGGUGAGCGGCGGAGCGGCGGCCACCCGGGGAUCGCGGAGCAGGACGCACGUAAGGGGGUGGACCAUGUGGGCCCUAGUGAGCUUGGCGGCCGCAGUGACAGGGCUGGUGGCUGGAACGCAGUGCCCAGAUGGUCAGCUCUGCCCUGUGGCCUGCUGCUUGGACCCAGGAGGAGCCAGCUACAGCUGCUGCAGUCCCGUGCCAGACACGUGGCCGCCAGCGCGCAGCAGACCUCUGGGCGGACCCUGCCAGAUCGAUGCCCACUGCUCUCCUGGCUACUCCUGCCUCCUCACUGUCUCGGGGACCUCCAGCUGCUGCCCGUUCCCAGAGGCCGUGUCCUGCGGGGAUGGCCGCCACUGCUGCCCGCGGGGCUUCCAUUGCAGCGCCGAUGGGCAGUCCUGCUUCCAAAGAUCAGAUGCCAACCCUGUGGGUGCCGUCCGGUGCCCCGACAGCCGUUUCGAGUGCCCCAACUCCUCCACGUGCUGCGCUAUGCCUGACGGCUCCUGGGGAUGCUGUCCCAUGCCCCAGGCUUCUUGCUGCGAAGACAAGGUGCACUGCUGCCCCCACGGCACCUCCUGUGACCUGGCCCAUGCCCGCUGCCUCACCACCGCGGGCACCCACCCCCUGGCAAAGAAGAUCCCCGCACGGAGGACCAAUAGAACAGGGAUCCUGUGCCCAGACGGACGGUCCCUGUGCCCUGAUGAUUCCACCUGCUGUGAGCUCCCUAGUGGGCAGUACGGCUGCUGCCCGAUACCUAAUGCCAUCUGCUGCUCCGACCACCUGCACUGCUGCCCUGAGGGCACCGUGUGCGACCUGGUCCUGAGUAAGUGCUUCUCCAAGGACAACGCUACGGACCUGCUCACCAAGCUGCCGGCACACACAGUGCAGGAGGUGAAGUGCGACGGGGAGGUGAGCUGCCCGGAUGACUACACCUGCUGCCGCCUCCAGUCCGGGGCCUGGGGCUGCUGCCCUUUUGUCCAGGCCGUAUGCUGUGAGGACCACGUGCACUGCUGCCCAGCCGGGUUUAAGUGUAACAAAGGGAAGGGCACCUGUGAAGAGGAAGGCCGCCAGCUGUCCUGGGUGGAGCAGGCCCCAGCCCGCCUCAGCCCGUCACUCCCCCGUGCCGCAGAGAGGGAUGUCCCCUGUGACAACACCACCAGCUGCCCUCCCUUCAAUACCUGCUGUCGACUCUUGUCUGGAGAAUGGGGCUGCUGUCCUGUCCCAGAGGCUACCUGCUGCUUGGACCACCAGCACUGCUGCCCCCAGGGCUACACGUGCGUGGCUGGGGGGCAGUGUCAGAAGGGGAAUAAGGUGGUGGCUGGACUGGAGAAGAGGCCUGCCCGCCGCACUUCCUUGGCCCAGCCCAGGGCCAUGGGCUGUGACCAGCACACCAGCUGCCCAGUGGGGCAGACCUGCUGCCUGAGCCUGGGCGGGGGCUGGGCCUGCUGCCAGCUGCCCCACGCCGUGUGCUGUGAGGACCGCCAGCACUGCUGCCCGGCUGGGUACACCUGCAACGUGAAGGCCCGAACCUGUGAGAAGGAGGUGGAUGCUGCCCACCGUGCUAUCCACCUGACCCUCGGCCCUCCUGUGGGAGUGGGGAAUGUGCAGUGUGGGGAGGGGCGCUUCUGCCACGACAACCAGACCUGCUGCCGAGACAGCCGAGGAGGCUGGGCCUGCUGUCCCUUUCCCCAGGGCGUCUGCUGUGCAGAUCAGCGCCACUGCUGUCCUCUUGGCUUCCACUGUGGGAACAAGGGCACCAAGUGUUUACGCAGGAAGACCAUGCGCUGGGACACUCCUUUGAGGAACCCGGCCCCCAGACCACUGCUGUGAGGGGAGAUUGAGGACUGAAGACACUCUAUAGCCCUCGGGACCCUGCUCACAGGGUACCCACUGCUCAGGCCUCCCCAGCACCUCUCCCCCACCAAACUCUCCUGAACCGCCCCCCAGUCUGAGUCCUCCCAUCAUCCUGAGAGGUGGGGCCUGGGUCUAAGGCCUUCCCUAUACACGGGGACAGGAGGGAGGCAAAGCCACAUCACAAGCUGCCAUCCCUUCCCCCAACCUCUGUGAUCCUGUGGCCAGGUGCUCUCUCCUAUCCACAGGUGUGUGUGCGUAUGUGUGUAUGUGCUCUAAUAAAGUUUGUACACUUUCUUAA